AUGUGCAUUGCCCAAUAUAGUCAUGGUUUCAACAGGGCUAAUCUACAGAUGACAAGGAAUAUAAAGGAAAUUAAUGGAACUAAAUACACAUGGAGAAUCAAGAAAACUACCAGAGAGGUUGAUCUGUCCCAAGAGCUCCGUCACUGGAAUGAAACCCUAACCCUCGACGAGAAACAUUUCAUCACUCACGUUCUCGCCUUCUUUGCUGCCUCAGAUGGAAUCGUCCUCGAAAACCUUGCUGGUCGGUUUAUAAAGGAAGUUCAAGUAGUUGAAGCUCGUGCUUUCUAUGGUUUUCAGAUCGCAAUCGAGAACUUCCACUUUGAAAUGUACAGUCUUUUACUUGAAACCUACAUCAAGGAUUCUUCAGAGAAAGAUCGUUUGUUUCGUGCAAUCGAAACAGUUCCUUGCGUGAAGAAGAAAGUCGAAUGGGCUCUUCGGUGGAUCGACGGCUUAGAAUCGUUUGCAGAACGUAUAAUAGCCUUUGCUUGUGUUGAAGGGAUCUUCUUCUCGGGGAGUUUCUGUUCGAUCUUUUGGCUCAAGAAGCGAGGGUUGAUGCCUGGUUUGACCUUCUCGAACGAGUUGAUCUCGAGAGACGAAGGGUUACAUUGUGAUGUUGCUUGUUUGCUCUAUGGGUUAUUGAAGCAGAGACCGAGUGAGGAGCGAGUUACAGGGAUAGAGAGAGAGAGAAGCAAAUGUGGAUGCAAGGUGGAGAGACUUCGCGGCGUGGUUUCAUUCCAUCCAAGGUUUUUGAUUUUGGUUUGA